AUGGCUGACUCUUCACAGAAUGUGCAGCAAUACUUUUGCAUCGAUUGCAAAGUUAUCUAUGCUCCCCCUAAUUCUGUCUUCUGUCCUCAUUGCCACCGCCCCAUAUCACUUUCCAAAAUGAGACGUCCUGCUGGAUAUGAAUCCAUUGAGAGGUAUCGGGCAUCUCAAGCUUCUUCUAAGAAGCCAGCUCCCAGAUCUUCACUGAGGAAGAUGGAACAAUUGGAGAUCACUCCACAUUUGCUGGAAAAACAACCCAAGUGCCCUAUAUGCCAAGAAGAAUUUGAACUGGAAGAGAAUGUAAAAGCCAUGAGAUGUGGCCAUUAUUUUCAUGAAGCUUGCAGCCAGUCAUGGCUUGGAGGUCAGAAAAACGAAUGUCCUUUUUGUAAAGCUACCUUACCCCAUGCUGGUUCCUGCUCAACUCCUUCAUCGUGUACUCUGACUUAG